AUGAGUUGGAAAGGAUUCCAGAAAGCCGCAGUGCGGGCGCCACAGUCCGUCAAGCAGCGAUUCAACAUGGGCGAAAUCACGAAAGACGCCAUCUACAUCGAUGCCGAGCGUCGCUUCGAAGAGCUCGAGAAAGAGACCAAGAAACUGCAUGAUGAGAGUCAGAAGUAUUUCCAGUCUAUCAACGGCAUGCUGGACCACCAGAUCGAGUUCUCAAAAGCGAUCAAGGAGAUAUACGAGCCGAUCAGUGGACGGGCAAGUGAUCCAGAUAGUUAUGUGAUCGAUGGCAACCCAGAGGGCAUACGAGCUUGUGAAGAGUAUGAGGCUAUCGUGCAGGAGCUCAAGGCCUCGUUGCAGCCGGAGCUGGAGUUGAUCGAGUCUAGGGUGGUCAGGCCGGCGGACGAGCUGUCGGAGGUCAUAAAGAUAUGUCGGAAGACCACUCAGAAGCGAGAUCACAAACAAUUGGACUACGAUCGCCACCGGAGUACUCUGAAGAAACUGCAGGAUAAAGGCGACAAGAGCCUGAAGGAUGAGAAGGCUUUGUACAAAGCGGAGAACGACGUUGAGAUGGCGACGCAAGAAUACGAAAUCUUCAACAACCUACUAAAAGAAGAAUUGCCACAGCUUUUCCGACUAGAAAAGGAGUUCAUCCUCCCACUAUUCCAAAGCUUCUACUACAUGCAACUAAACGUCUUCUACACCCUGCACGAGAGAAUGCAAAGUAUCGACAUUGGUUACUUCAACCUCACGCUCGCCAUCGAAGACGCCUUUGAGGAGAAACAAGGCGAUGUGAAACAGCAGAUCGAAGCGCUAGGUAUGACGAAAUUCAAGACGACCGGCGGCCCAAAGCGACCAAUGAGCAAAUACGCCGGACGUCUCGGCAUCGAGAACGGUCGCGCGAGUUCCACAAGUUCGGGAGGCACGAGUCCCAGCCAAAGACGCUUGACAGCCGACUCCUACGACUCGCCGCCCCCAGCAUACUCGUCCGGCGCUUCGGCUGGUGCUCUCACAGUGGCAGGAGAAUCAGACAUCAAUCGCUCGUCAAGUACAGGCAGCAACUGGACCAGCGCCGCGAAAUCCAAAGGAGCGCCCCCGCCUCCCAAACCAAAACCGGGUGCACUGAAAGGUCAUGCGACGGAGACAGUGACGGCGUUGUAUGAUUAUGAGGCGCAGGCGGAAGGGGAUCUGAGUUUUAGUGCUGGGGAUGUCAUUGAUGUGGUGACGAGGACGCAUAACGAGAAUGAGUGGUGGGUGGGAAAGAUUGGGGUCAGGCAAGGGCAGUUUCCUGGCAACUAUGUUCAGCUCGACUCGUAG